UGAGCAAGAUGAUCCUUGGAUACAGUUUCCUGUUAUUUAGUUUGUUCACAACUGCAUUUGGAGAAAAUAUUUCAGAAGACGUAGAAGUUAUUCUGUUACCAGUUUGGAAUUCGUACUCUGAAAAUAAGGUUCCUAUAACUUUCACAGUAUUUGGAAGAAAAUUGGAAUUAACAUUACGCAAGAAUGAUAAACUUUUGGCACCAAGCUUCCGAAUUUGGAGACAUGGUGUGGACAAAGUAUUGAAAGAAGUACCAGAAUUGAGUACACCAUCGCCCUGUCAUUAUCUUCAUCAAGAUAAUUUGAUUUCUGCAGCCAUCAGUGUUUGUCACCACCGUACUAUGCAUGGAUUAAUCUUUUUGGAGAAUGUUACGCUCGAGAUAACACCUUUACGCCGAGAUAAUUCAUGGUUAUCCAAUGAUCAUCUCAUCAAAGGCCGUUCUGGGGAAAUAUUGAAAGAACCACAUAUUGUCAGAAGAGCUACUAUAUCAUCUCGUAUAGCACUACACAAGGAUAUUCCGGAUAGGCCUACCAUACUUUCAAAUUUCAAUAAUGACAUAGCGUUGGAUUACAAUUUGUUCUCUAGACCAAGGAGAGGAAACGGCAAAUCCUUAACAUUGGAAUUGGCAGUAUUUUUCGAUGAACCCGCAUACAGGCUUUUUUCACCAUUUAUGGAUAAAGACGAGGAGAAAAUGCGAGAUAUGUUACUGGCUUACAUAAAUGGAGUUCAAGCACUUUAUCACCAUCCCACUUUAGGUUCUAAAAUCGAUCUAGCACUUGUUCGUCUAGAUUUGAUGCAGAGGCAGCCAUCUGAAUUACCACAUCACAAUGGUGAAAGGAACCAACUUCUAGAUUCAUUUUGCGAUUAUGCUAGAAUCAACAAUCCAUCUGGGGAUAAAAAUCCAAAUCAUUGGGAUAUGGGUCUUUACGUAUCUGGGCUAGAUUUUUAUGCCAUAGAAGGUGGCAAGAAGAGCGGAGUAACAAUGGGUUUAGCUACAGUUGGUGGUAUUUGUCUUGAUCAAUAUGCAUGUGUAAUCGCUGAAUUGGGUACUACGAACGUAUUUGGAAAGCCUUAUCCUUCUGCCGGAUUUACUUCAGUUUACAUCGCUGCUCAUGAAAUUGGACACAACUUGGGAAUGCACCACGAUUCGACGGGAAACCGAUGCCCAAGGGAUGGCUAUAUUAUGUCACCUAGCCGGGGUACUCAAGGAGAAACUGUUUGGUCUGAAUGCAGUCGUGACGUUGCACGAAAACUUAUUGAUACCAAAACUUGUCUCUUGGAUGAAGCGCAAUCAAGCUAUGACAAAAGCUUGGAUCAUGCCAAAUAUCUUGGUUUACCUGGCCGAGAUUGGAACGCAAAAAAGCAAUGUGAAGUUCUUUUAAGGGAUAAUGACGCAAUUGUUGUCACAUUAUCUCAAGCUUGUCAAUCUUUGCAAUGCAAGACUCCACAUCGAAGUGGAUAUUAUUUUGCUGGCCCAGCAUUAGAUGGAACUUACUGCGCAAAGGGAAAAGAAUGUCGUGGCGGUGAAUGUCUUCCAAAGUUGCAAAUUUCUUCCACAACAGGGAAUACAGUCAUACAAAAAGGAGGUUGGAGUGCAUGGACUGAAGAAUCGUGUCAUAGUGGCUGCAUAGCAGGAGCGAAAGGAGCCCAAACUAGACGACGACUGUGUAACAAUCCUCUUCCACAAAAUACAUUAGCAGGCUGUGAAGGACUUGGUUAUGACGUUACGCUCUGCAAAGAUGAAAUGCUGUGCAAGAAAAAGCGGAAAAGUACAACAGAAUAUGGAACAAUGAGAUGUAAGAAAUUUAGCGAACGAUUACCAGAGCUAGACAGCCAAGGUAGUGGAUUACAGGCUCCUCAUGAACCUGAAAGACCAUGGAUGGCUUGCGCAAUAUUUUGUCGCCGCAAUGGGGAUAGCUCUUAUUAUACUCCACGUAUAGAACUGAACGAUGUUGGUCUUGACCCAUAUUUUCCAGAUGGAACGUGGUGUCACACUGAACAGGGUGAGAAUUAUUACUGUCGUCAACACCACUGUCUACCAGCUAGUUUUCGCUUUGCGAAAGGAUUGAUUAAAAAUAACAUGGAAGAAGAUCUAAACUUAGGACCACAGAAUGCUCGUCCUGGCAAUCAGAUAGUUCCAGAGCAGAUGAUGAAGUAUUUGAGUCUUGGAUCAGAUGGUUUACCCCUGCUAACAACAUUAUCACCUAGUACAGCUAUGCCUCUGGACGAAGGUGGCUGGACAGUCAAGGAUUACAUUGAACUGCCACAACCUGUCAAAGAAGAAAUUUUAGAAGCACAAGUCUCUGAGCCUUGUGCUCCAAAACUGCUCGACCUCGACACAAUGUUCUCUGCAGCCAACUGAGUGGACCAGAUACCUCAACUACCGACCUCCACCUAUUUUUAUUUAAUUUAUUGCUAUUAUUAUCCUCCAUGUCCGAUGAAUGUAUGUAAAGCGAGCCUAAUAAACGAACAGAUACAGGAAUAUAUAUUAAGGUACAGCUUCCCAAUACGUAAAUAUCUGUGGCACAGUGUGAGUGCUGAGUUGGGGGGACAGAGGUGAGGGGCGUUUUGAAUGGUAGGCGGAUGACGUCACCGUUGUGGCUGACUAUUUUAGGAGUGUCUCGCUGCUAUCCUCACCGACAGGCACACCUUCAUAUAGCAAAACUUUAAGCAGAGAUACUGACACCACGCUGUAAGCUCAGUAUAAGAAUUAUAAAAUCAAAAUAUGGGAACACAUGCAUAUCAAAUAACUUGACAUAUUUUUUUAUUUAGUGUACAAAUAAUUAACCAACUUUAAAAUUAAAACUUACAAGAAAAAUAAUUAGAAUUAUAAGUAAAGAAUAUUAAUCGUUUUAUUAUUACAAAUAGAUAUCUUUUAUUCAUUUACAGGGGUUAGCUGUUCGACAUUUAUGUAUCAACAGCAUGGAGCAGUUUAUAUUUGUAAUAUCGCAUUUGAAAUUAUUGUAAUUAUUCACAUUCACCCACAUUCGCAUGCAUUCAUACAUACCAACAGUUCCACAGUACGAACACAGUAUAAUUACAUAAAUAGCAUAGUAAAUACAGACUCGUACACCAUAUGUGUAAUCACAAUCGCAACGUAAUCACAUAACUUAGCGCCUAGCACGACACGCUCGCCUGUU